AUUUUCUGGUCCCAGGCGGCUAUGAGUGAAUUGGCAAGUAUUCUCGCUAUCUUCUUCAUCCCCGAGACUAUUCACCGCAAGCGGUGUGUCUUCGCUCCCAAAGAUAAGCAAAUUCGGGAGACUUACAGUUCACUCAACACACUUGAGCUGCUGUCACUAUUUCGAAACCUAAAUACCUUGCUCAUAUCGGUUGCCUCUUGCUCAAUUGUGUGGAACAUGUACUCGUUCCUCGUUCCCAUGGUAUAUGUCAUCAAUCUAAGGUUUGGCCUUAUGACACCGUUGCAGUCAGGUCUAUUCGACCUUGGUCCGGGAUCUGGAUAAUUUCUUGGCGCCUUCUUCAGGCGCAGGCGAGUGAAUCACACUGUUGAAAGCUGAAUUCACAAGCGAAACGGUCAUCGAAAUCUCGAAGAUAAACCACGCAGCGCGGUGUCAUGGAUGGGAAUUACUGCGCCUGUAUGCAUGUUGACUUAUGGCUGGUGCUUGGAGUGUGAUAAAGGUGGUAUCCCCGUGAUCAUUAUUGUAAUGUUCGCGCAUGGCUUCUGUCCAAUAAUGGUAUUCUCAGGUGAGUGUUUAUUCCCAUUGCGCAGCAAUUAAAGACCUUGCUAAUUGACGUACAUGUCAUGUCAUCACGGUCAGCCGAGAUAACAUAUUAUUUUAUAAGAUAAACAUUUGGGGCAGUGGAAGCGAAGCCCUACUUCCUGCGAUUGAGCAAAUCGGUAUCGGCACUUUUAGGACCGUUUCGGCUAGGUUUGUAGAUAGAGCAUGUGGUAGCAAACUCCUCGUCAUACAUGACAAAGUACCAUUCGCGCAUAAGGGCA